AUGGACCGCGACGGGUCUCCCGAGCGCCGAGAAGAGGACUACUACCGCUCGCACUGGUCCAGAGUGUACAGGGAGGACCCGUCGCAGCUGGACAGGGAGUGGCACUGCGGGUACGAAAAGGCCUUGGCCGCGAUACUGCCCUUCGUGAACCGAGCCGCCAGCGGUGCCGCCGCGCCGACGCGGGGAGCCCGCGACGACCCGGGCGACGACGGCGCCGUCGCGACGACGAGCGGGAACGCCGCCGCCACCGGCAAGGUGUCAGCGCGGGGCAACGGGCUCGUCGUGGACGUCGGCUGCGGGAGCUCAUCGAUGGGGCAUCAGAUGUGGAACGACUUUCACUUCGGGCACUUGGUGCUCACCGACAUCGACGAAGGGGUGCUGCGAACCAUGCGCGAUAGGUUCGGCACCGAGACGAACGACGACGACGACGAGGCAUCGGAAGCAUCGGGCGACGGCGGUGGCGGCGUCAAACGACGCACGGUGCGGUGCGUGACGUGCGACGCGCGGGACAUGAGCGGCGUCGGCACCGCCAGCUGUGCGAUCGUCGUCGAUAAAGGCACCCUGGAUGCGCUCUCCGGGGACGACCACAAGACGGCGAUGCUGCGCGAGUGCGCCCGAAUCUGCGACUUUGCCAACGGCGGGAUCAUCGUCUCGGUGUCCUUCGCGGCGGCGGCGCGGGUCGCGCUGCUGCGCGCGACGAGCGACGCGCUCGGGUUGGACGUCGUGACGCGCGUCGUCGGCGACGGCGAUCCGAAAUACGGAAAAGAGGCGGUCUUCGUGUCGGUGCUCGGGCGCGAGGUCGGCGCGGUGGCGGGAAGUUUGGCGCGGUGCGAGCUGACGGAGACGGUGCUGGCGAGGGUGGGAAGGUCCGGGAGCGUGAUCGAGGACGAACCGCCGGACUCCGGGGACGAGCUCACCCUGUUCGACGGGGACCCGUGA